AUGAGGGUAUCCUACGUCCUAUCUAUCUCUUUUAUCGGUGUGUCACUCUUCUAUCCAGAAGAUACCAUGGGUUGUAUGAAGAAAAUAUGGGAUUGUGUGAAAGAGGUGACGGCAACAGAAUAUUCGUCGGAAAGUGGUGAUGAUGAUGAUCAAACAACAUUGAAUAGUGAAGCAGUAUCUCUGGAAGGAGCUGUUAAAUUUAUCGCUUCUUUAGCCAAACGAAACUGCACAACACCAUUUAAUGGCCUCACUUGCGAUGAGUCAGUUGCGAUUCAAUUAUAUACUAUGGAAUGUGAACCACGUUCCGAAUGUCUUUACUUUGUAUUAAAUUCGCAUUUGCGUAAAGAGAAUCGAAGUCAACUGGAGCCGUAG